AUGGGUUUAAUAUCCGGUAUAUUUGAUUUGUGUGGCAUAGUAUCGGGCAUUAGAGCCACAUUACAAGUCCUAUUUCCUGCACGACGCAUCGAAAAAAACAAGCUAAAAGUCCUUAAAAAAUGUCGAUUGUCCCCGAUCUUCUAUCAGCCGCCGUUCGCUACCUCAAGUGAUUUAACCAUAUUUAUUUGCUGUCAAACAUUUAUAAUGGAAGUGGCUCGCACAAUUUUUCCAGAACGGAUUGCGUUUUGGUAUUCAGCGUUGCAGUGUGCAAAAGGACAUGAACAUGCACUCAAAGUACAAACUCUAUUGAAUACAAAGUACAAAAACAAAUACGAAUUCAGUGAACGAGAAUCCAAAAACGCAAUCAUAGCCUGGUUUAUGACGCUGGACCUGACCAAAAUAAUUAAUCAGUUGCCUGCAGAUCGAGCCUUUGAUUAUUUGCGAGACAAUUUCAUGUUGUACUUGCUGUGCCUUUCCUUGGACUAUUUACAGAUUUGCCGUAUCAGCCAGGAUGACGUACCGCAGUUCAAAGACAACGAUCCAAAGGAGUUUUUCCAGUGGAACCACGGUAUGAGCGCGUUAUACAAGGCGGGUUUGACUUACAACAAUUUCAGCAAACUUAAUGGAAGGUGCAUUUUCUGGUAUAGAAGGAAUAUUCGUAAAAUUUGUGGAUGUGAUUUGAACGCGAUACAAGCAGAAGUUUAUUUGAGACAGUUUGAAGACCUGUUUGCAUCUUAA